UACGGGGGACAGGGGCUGUUGGGAUUAACGGAACGGCCCGGGCGCACGCCGAUAAGCGAGCAGCUCCGGUGGAGACGAAGGGGGCGCCGGCCGGACCCCUCCCCGGGCGGCCCCGGCCCCGCGGCCCGGACUACAGCUCCCGGCGGCCGCCGCGCCGCCGGAAGCGCGGCCCGGUGCCGGCGCGCAGGGCUCAGCGCGGGGGAUUCGGACUCGCUGCGGGUCAGGUCGGGCGUGAGGCGAGAGCCGGGCCGGGCCGCCAUGGCCCUGGCGCUGCCGGUGUCCGAGCCGCUGUGGCCGGCCAGCUUGUUCCCGCUGAAGGCAGUGGAUGACCUGUUGCGGUGUGGGAUCUGCUUUGAUUACUUCAGCAUCGCCAUGAUCAUCCCUCAGUGUUCGCAUAACUAUUGCUCACUUUGUAUACGCAAGUUUUUGUCCUACAAAACUCAGUGCCCAACAUGCUGUGUGGCAGUCUCCGAAUCGGACCUGAAAAACAACCGGGCAUUAGAUGAACUAGUGAAGAGCUUUAAUUCUGCAAGACAACAACUCUUCCAGCUGGUCUCGGAUGCUCCACGGAUUUCAUCUCCAUUGGCCGGUAGCAGGCACUCAGCUGGCAAAAGCCACAGUAGGAGUCCUGUUUCUUGUCCAGUUUUAAAAGAAGAGGUGCCAAUGAUUGACAGAUUCUUGAAAAAGGAAAAAGUUUGCACCUCAACAAAGGCAGACGGCCUGGCAGGAACAGAUCGGAAGAUUUUCAAAACUGAGGAACACCAUAACCUUUACAGCAGUUCUGCAGAGGUUGAUGGUAAAGAGAGUGAAGUGGGAUCACAAGAGAGUCCCGAGUGCACCAAAACUCAUGAAAAGCCUUCUACGUCUGUGGUAAAAGGAGUCAAGAAAGUGGAUUGUCCUGUUUGUGAGGUUGCUAUUCCAGAGCAAUAUAUAAACAAACAUCUGGAUAGCUGCUUGACCAGAGAUGAGAAGAAGGACAGCCUCAGAAGUUCUGCUCACAAAAGGAAGCCUAUGUCUAAAGUUGUUUACAACUUGCUCUCUGAUCGUGAUUUGAGGAAGAAACUAAAGGAACAUGGACUGUCUACCCACGGGACCCGGCAGCAGCUCAUUAAAAGACACCAAGAAUUUGUGCACAUGUAUAACGCUCAAUGUGAUUCUCUAAAUCCCAAAUCGGUUGCAGAGGUUGUUAAAGAGCUGGAAAAGAAUGAGAAGAUUCGGGUUCAGCUUGAAAUGAACAAAACCGGUGAAAAUAGCUUGACCUUCACAAAGGACCAGACAGAGGAAGAAAUAGAUGAGAUCCACACUGAUUAUCGAAACAAACACAGAAGUGAAUUUCUAUUUUUGGUGGAUCAAGUAAAUAAUCGGUGGAAGAAAAGUGGUAAGAGGAAAACAGAAAGUGCUCAAAACAAAGAAGAAGUCACUGUCAAAGAAUCGCCAGCGGCCACAGAACAUACGGAAGAGCACGACGCAGCUAUCGUCCUUGGAAAGGCCCAGCUACCCCAGCCAGAAGCGCCUGAUGGCGAAGGGAGGGAAUCUCGUUCCUUGGAGGAAGGCCAGAGAUCAGGCUCUCCUGCGUUCUCACUGCUGUCUGAGUCUGCAAGCAGCUCCAGCUCAGACAUUUUGAGAGAUCUGCAAGAGCCUGAGACAUGUUCAACAUCUUCUGACAACAGCAGUUUUCUGGACCUGCGAGCUAACAAGAGAAAGUCACGCCAGCCCCGAGCGCAAGACAACGAUCAGCUGCUUCCCAAGAGCAAGCGGAAGAAGAGCUAGUGCUGCGCUGCUGCGGAGCUUCCGCCUGCGCGGGAGGCUUAAUGCUGGGAAACGCCUCUUGCUUUUUUCCAGAUUUCAGUGUAUCUGGGUACUUUAAUAAAAUGCUGAAUUUUCUCAUGACUGUCAUUCAACCUGCCUUAAAAUAGCCAGGUGGGUGUGCUGGUGGAUUUUUGUUCCCAGCUCUGUGGGCCGUUGAAGUUUAAGGUUGGUCAUGGAGCGCCGGUGAGCUGCUGGAGCCUGGAGCGGAUCCGUGGGGCUGCGUGGAGCCGCUGUCCCUGCUUGCGUCCCGCGGAUGCUUCCUCUGCCCUCUGGGAAGCAAUCAUGGGACAGCGUUUUCCCCGGGGUCGGGCUGACGCGGAUGCUCCGGUUCCCUGCCUG